GCGAACAACACAUGACGUCAGUGAAUGUUAACAUGGCGGUCGUGCGGGUCUAUGUCGUCUUGAUCUCCACAUUUUUACUACUUUACUUUAUAAAUACGUCCAGUGCGCAUAUAAGUGAUGCAGAUUACAACAGAUACGUGCUGUAUGAUGGGUAUUUACCAGAAUUGGAAGACUUGCAACUACAGCCACUAUUACGGGUGAGGCGAAGUGAUGCAGAAGCAAAAAAUGAGGACUCCAAGUUGAAGGGUAUGAAGCCAGCUGACACUUUAAAAAAUGAUAAAGCUAACAAAUUUCCUGAUAAAACUGAUGCGAAGAAGAAACCUGUAACACUGAAGAAGACUACAUCGUCUACAAAAGCCCCUGAAAGUUUUACUACUGUAGCCCCAGUAAAGAUCCCCAGUGAUUAUGUUUCUGUGAAUGCCUCUACCAUGGGUUCACUUCCCGUUACUACUCCAGCCUCUGAUGCAACCACCAACAGUACCACUACCACUACCACCACUGCUACUACCAUAGUCACCAGUAUCCCCGAGUCCAAUAAUGAGAGCAGAGUUAAUUUGGAGGAUAAUAGAACAAGAGGGUUGACGGUCUCCGAGAAUGUUACGAAUGAGGAGGAAGGUGAUUCUUCUAUCCCAGUAACAACCAUCAACAAUGUGACAGGGAGUGAAAAUCCUGCUAUGCAUAACAUUGACACUACAGUACAAGUCAGUGUAGAUGACCCUGACUCUGGGGAUGACACUCUUUCUGUCACUGGGUAUGAUACUAGAAACACAUCGGUUGAUCACCACAGAUACUACCGUUCAUACACCUACUCAGGUGUACAAGAAGCUCAGCAGUAUUGGGUUGAUCUGGACUCCCUCAAUGAAGAAAAAGUAAUAACAAACGAGAUGCUGUCAGCUUCUCAUCGUAGAGCUGCAACUGUGAUGUUGACCUUCGAGUUUCCAUUUUAUGGACAUCUUCUAAAAAACAUCACGAUAGCUACUGGAGGGUUUCUCUUCACUGGUGAAUUUGUUCACACCUGGCUGGCAGCUACCCAGUACAUUGCACCCCUUAUGGCCAAUUUUGAUACUUCAAUGUCAUCUGAUGCUGCUGUUAAAUAUGCCGAUAAUGGUACAUCAUUUACUGUACAGUGGCAUAAUGUUCUGCUGAAGGAUCAUGUGGAUGCUGGAACAUUUACAUUUCAGGCAACGUUACACAAGAAUGGAGAUAUUGUAUUUACAUAUAAACAAGUUCCAGUCAUAGUAACUGCAAUUACUGAUGAGCAGCAUCCAGUCAAGGUUGGGCUCUCAGAUGCCUACAUUGUGGACCGGAAAAUAUUCUAUGUGCGGCGAAAGACCAUCUAUGAGUAUCACAAAAUCGACAUGAAGAAGAAUCCCAUGAUCGGUAACUGGACAGCAAUUGUGUUUAAAGCUCUUCCAACCUGUGUGUCACUCACCAGCUGCAAUGACUGUUUAUCUCAGAAGAUCAAUUUUCAGUGCCAAUGGUGCAGCAUAAUUGGACGCUGUAGCAACGGACUGGAUCGACACAGACAGGAGUGGCUGAAAAAUGACUGCGAGUCCCUCCAUAUUCAGAACGUCGAAAAUUGUGCUGUAGUUUCUGAGAGUCCCACCACUGUGAACACCUUUGGUCAUGAUGCUAAUGUUGAGCCUUAUAGUAAAGGUGCAGAAGAGGGCAGUACAAGUGUAGGUACUGUGGUUGUGGUAGUGUUCCUGGUAGCACUUCUUCUUGGCGUAGCUGGUUGGGUCACGUAUGCCUACUUCUUCCCACAUUCCUCCUCAGGACAAAUUCUGAUUCGGUACCGCCCGAGCACAUGGUCGUGGAAGAGAGGGGAAGCCCGCUACACUGCUGCAUCCAUUCACAGCAUUCAUAUAAUAUGCAUGACAAAACUGGGAUAUGCCUUGUAUGCUUGUGCUCCUUAUAUGCUGGAAAACACAGUAAGUCAAAAUAGAACUUAAUAAUUUUGAAGAUCACUGAUCUAAGAAGGUAUUCUGACAUUUGAUUCUUCAGCCUCAUUAAGGGAAUGGGCUUGUUUAUAAAAUUUGUAAUAUUGAUUUUUUUUUCAUACGGCAACUUUCUCAGGUAUUAAUUAGAAUGCAGUGAAGAUGAAUCCUAUAAAUCAUAUUUUACCCAAGGGAUUCAAGAAAAACAUAGUACAGUACAGUGUCUUGUAUACAUACAUGGAAAUCUGUAAGUAAUGGAUGUGCGUGCUGUUGUAAAAUGUGUGGAACUCUUAAACAGUUAAUUUAAUUUAAUUUAAUUAAUUUAAUUUUUUUUUUUUUUAGGAUGAACACAUUAACAUAUUUUUAUUCUGUACUAUCUCUCUUGAUCAAAAAGACAGAUUUAUAAGGGAUGUGUGAAAAGAUUGGUCCGAUGAUGAUAAAAUUGUGGAAAACAGGCUGUGUAGUUGAUCGUAAUAGUUGAAUAUGAUUUUCUUGCUGUCUAACCUAGUACAUGUACCAUAUAGCUGUAUUUAAAAAAAAAAAAAAACAGUUAGUCAGAGAUAUGCUCUUCUGUGUUAGUGACACCAGAAAUCAUGUACUUGGAACUGAAUCUUAAAAAUUGCAACAAAUCAUUGAUAACAUUUGUCUUGCUGUAGAUACUAUACUGGUAUAAUUGUAAGGGCCUUAUAUUUGUCUUAUUGUGUACAGGAUCCUUAUUGUUUAUUGUUACGGCAAUGAGAAUAUAUCGUAAUAUUCAUACAGUAUUCUUGUAAUUUUCUUGAAUCUUAUUUCUGUUAUAUCCUAAUUAUUAUAAAUGGUAAUGCUGUUUUUAUUAUAAUAUUCUUACUAAUUCAAAUUAAUUAUAUGUAAUCUGUUACCAUUUUUAUGUAUAAACUUUGGAAAUUUAACCUACGAGAAGCUAAUCUGUUUGAUAUGGAUAAAGGAGGUAAUGAUAGUGUUAUUGGUCUACAGUUUUGUACAGUGCAAUACUGUGAUGAUAUUGGUUUCUAUAUAACAUAAUAUACUGUAAUGUCUUAUUAUGCCAUGUUUGUGCAUAGUAAUUUUACUUAAAAUUUACUGCUUUUAUUAUGAAAAAUAGCAAAAUGUAGCACUUUCAGCUUUGGGGUCAAUAUUUUGCUGUAGACUUUAACCCAUAAACGGUCCAAACGUAUACGUAUAUACAUUCACUACUGUACUGUCCCAACUUUUUUAAGAAAAAAAAAAACAUUGUUGUUUUUAAUAGGAAAAAAGAGCAUAUGGUACCCAGGCAUCCCCAAUUAUUUUAAAAUAUUGCACA